AGAAUUAAAUUUGAAUAUUGAAAAAGUGCUUUAGUCUUUUUUUUUAGAAGAAAAUUUCCAUUAAUUUUAUUUAAUAACACAAGAAGGAAUCAAAUUUCAAAAUAAGAUUUCUUAAUGAAAGUAAAUUAUUGAGAAAUUCUUACUGAUGGCGAACUAAAAUAUCAAAUCGGGAAAAUGUAGUAACAAUCAAUCAACAUAAUGGAUCUCCUUAACAAUAUUGAGUUGCGGUAUUGAAAGGGGGAAGAAAGUUGAGAAAUAAAACAUAAAAAUUCUGUGUAUAUCUUUUGCUCUUUAUGUAUUAUAAUACGUUAAGAAUGUUUUAAUGUAGAGGAUAACAGCAAAAAAAAAAACAUUAACUUAAUUAUAUAUUUCGGUCCUUUGCAUAAAAUCCUAUCUUACAUGUUUUAUUUCUUCUGUCAAAUUUCGUGUGUAUGUGUGUGCGAUUCUUAUAAAAAAAAUUUGAAUUCAAUAGCUCUUAAUUAAAGCACACAUAUAUAACGUAAUAUAAAAAUAAAAUAUAAUCACAUUCUACGUAUACACCUUUACGUUAAAAAAUUAAAAAAUUCCAAAAAAAGAGGAAAAUUAAAAGAAAAUAAAACAAAAAAUUUAUAAAUACAAAUGGCUAACAAAAUGGCUCUAGAAAAAUUAAAAAGGACCUUAAAUACUUUAACAAUAUUUUCAAUUUUAAUAUUUUUCAUAAUAUUAGUACAACAAUAUCCAACAACAGAGGCAUUCAAUAUAUUCCUUCCUGGAACCCGGGAGCAAUGUACAAAUGAAGGAGAAGAGUAUCCAUUAGAUAAGAAAACUUUUAAGUGCUUUAAAUGUUUCUGUCAGAAUGGUUUCGUUAAAUGUGAUAAGGAAAGCUGUCCGUCAAUUGAUGAUUGCUAUUUGUUACAAUUGAAAAACUCAACAACAUGCUGUGAUAAAUGUAAAGAAUGCACAUAUAAAGGAGUUCAGUAUAUAAGUGGAACAGAAUGGUCAGAUCCUGAUGAUUCUUGUACUAAUUAUAAAUGUGUUUCCGGUGUUAUAACUAAAACAUCCGUUCAAUGUUAUACACCAUGUAACAAUCCAUUACCAUCAAGACCUGAUGAAUGUUGCCCGUCAUGUCACGGUUGUUCAUUAAGUGGGAAUAUAGUACCGGAAGGUCAAGAAGUAACAUCAAUUGAAGAUCCUUGUUUAAAAUGUACAUGCAUAAAUAAGAGGCUAACAUGUAUAAAAAAAGCUUGUCCAGUUUUACAAUGUCCACCAUCAAAACAGGAGCAUAAACCAAAUGAAUGUUGCCCUAAAUGUACAGAACGAAAGCAAUAUAUGUCAUUGCCCAGUAAAAUGAGUACUCGUUGUUUAUUUGGUAAACAAGCAUACCCGGAUGAUGGACGAUUAUAUAACCAAGAUAAAUGUUCAUCAUGUCAAUGUAAAAAUGGUACAACCAUAUGUAAUCGUGUCACUUGCCCAAUAUUAGAAUGUUCACCAGAAUCACAACAAAUAAAUUCAGAUGAUUGUUGUCCGCAUUGUCCGAAAUAUAAUACAGAAAUUCGACGUUCAACAUGUACUCAUCAAGAUAAAAUUUAUCAAAAUAAUGAAACAUGGCAUGUUGGACCAUGUCGAUCAUGUAGAUGUCUAGGUGGUGAAAUACGUUGUGUUCUAACACAAUGUCCGCCUGUAAAAUGUGAACCAAAUGAAUCAUUAGUUACACAUGAAAGUCAAUGUUGUCCAAAAUGUGAAGCAAGUGCCGGUACUUGUACCGUAUUUGGUGAUCCACAUUUUAAAACAUAUGAUGGUAAAUUUUUCAGUUUUCAAGGUUCAUGCAAAUAUCAAUUGAGUGCAGAUUGUUUAGAUGAUACAUUUAGUAUUCGUGUAACUAAUGAGGCUCGUAAUACAAAACUUUCAUCAUGGAUUAAGACUGUAACAUUGAAAUUAAAAGAAUUAAGAGUUAAUUUAGGACAAAAAUUGAGAGUUAAAGUUAAUGGUACUAGAAUAACCUUACCAUAUAGUUACAAUAAUAUUGUUGAUGUAAAACGAAUAAAAGAUGGUGUUAUAGUUAAAACUGAUUUAGGUGUUACAAUUGAGUGGGAUGGUAAUAAUUUUUUACAAGUUUUAGUACCAGCAAAAUAUAAAAACAAAUUAUGUGGAUUAUGUGGAAAUUUUAAUGGUUUAGUACGUGAUGAUUUAACAUCACGUGAAGGUUAUAAUCAUUCUGAAGAAGAUGUAUGGCGUUUUGCAAAUUCAUGGAAAGUUGGUGGUUUAAAAGCAUGUAGUAGAGCACGUGAUAAAUUAGCUAAAAAACCGACAUGCCGUCGUAGAAAAUGGGAAAUAUGUGAACCAUUACGUACAUCAGCAAUAUUUGGUAAUUGUGAUAACGAAUUAAAUCCAACAAAUUAUUUUAAUGCAUGCUCAAUGGAUAUGUGUGAAUGCCCUUAUGAUGGUGCAUGUCAAUGUGAUAGUUUUGCCGCAUAUGCACAUGAAUGUCAGCGAUUAGGUUUUGAAUUACCAGAUUGGAGACAACAAACAAAUUGCCCAUAUCGUAAUUCAACAACAAAAUAUAAUUUAAAUACACGAAUAAAUUAUAAUAAUAAAUUACAAGAGAGUAUACCACAAGUUUUUGUUAAACAGAAGCAACAACCACAGAAACGACGUAGAACAACACCAUGGCCACAUAAUUAUUAUAUACCGAAAGCUUUGUUAAUACCAAAACCAGCUGGUAGAACACCACCGCCUUUGCACUGAACAUUUAAUUAAAUUUAGAUGUAUGUAUAUGUAUAUAUAUAUAUAUAUAUAUACGUAUACAUACAUUACCCUACAUUAAAAAAAAUGUAUUUAUAGUUAUUUGAAAUUUUAAUUCUUACACAUUUAUUAAAUUAUUAUAGGAAAAUAAUUAUAUUUUUUAUGUAAAAAAAACAAAAAGCCAAUAAAAAAUAAAAUUCUAUUAUGAAUUUACAUUUAAUUGCAACCAAUACACGUAUUAAAUAUGAAAGGAGUAGAUUUUAUUUUAUUUUUGUAUUUUUAAUGUUUGUGUAUAUUGCAAUAAUGUUGAAUGCUAUGAUUGUGUUUAAGAUAAAAUUUAAAACAUUCUCAAAUAAAAUUUUCUCUAAAUGUUAUUACAAAUUUAAUUAAUUUAAUUAUUUUUAUUUAAAAAAAAAGGAAAUUAAUUAUUAUAUAAUUAUAGGAAAUUAGUAUUUUUUUUUGUUUAGAUUAAAUUUAUAAU